CCAACGCUAGCAUAAAUUCGUCGACAUGGCUGCUGAGGUAGUUUCUGGUCCUGUUGGGUCCGGUGUCGAUGUAAACCCAACAGGAAACCCAACACAAAUCGCCAUGGCGUAUCUCCAGGACGAGAAGACUGAUGCAAAUGUUACUAACCUCAACCUGGGAGAACUAGACAUCACCACUGAUGAAUUUAUCUUGGAUGAAGUGGACAAUCAUAUCCAGGCCAAUCUGGAAGAUGAUCUGGUGAAGGAGGCACUCAAAACGGGUGUUGAUCUGCGUCAGUAUUCCAAGCAGGUGGAAACAGAGCUGCAGAAGAUUGAACAGGCCUCAAUCAAAGAUUAUAUUAAAGAAAGUCAGAAUAUUGCUCUUCUACACAACCAGAUCACUGCCUGCGACUCCAUAUUGGAGCGUAUGGAGGGCAUGCUGAGCGGCUUUCAGAGCGACCUGUCCUCCAUCAGCAGUGAGAUCCAGACCCUGCAGCAGCAGUCGGUCAGCAUGAACGUCCGCCUGAAGAACAGGCAGGCUGUUCGCUGCCACCUCAGCCAGCUGGUGGAUGAGCUGGUGGUGCCUGGAGCCAUGAUCUCCACCAUCCUGGACAGUCCAGUGACGGAGCAGGAGUUUCUCGAGCAGCUCCAUGAGCUCAACUCCAAAAUCAACUUUGCCAAAGAGCUGAGCUUCAGAGAAACUCUGGCCUGCUCCGACAUCCAGGACAUCGUUGAUCGUCUUAAAGUGAAGGCGGUUACAAAGAUCAGAGAGUUCAUUCUUCAGAAGAUCUACUCCUUUAGGAAACCCAUGACAAACUAUCAGAUCCCACAGAACACUCUGCUGAAGUACAGAUUCUUCUAUCAGUUCCUUUUGGCCAACGAGAGAACUGUAGCCAAGGAGAUCAGAGACGAGUACGUGGACACCAUGAGCAAGAUUUACUACAGUUACUUUAAAUCCUACAGCAGCAGACUUCUGAAAGUUCAGUAUGAGGAGGUGGCAGACAAAGACGACCUGAUGGGAGUGGAAGACACGGCUAAGAAAGGUUUCUUCUCCAAACCGUCUUUGAAGAGCAGGAACACGAUCUUCACUCUGGGCCAGAGGGGGGCCAUACUGAGUCCUGCAGAGCUGGAGGGGCCCAUCCUGGUUCCUCACACGGCUCAGAGAGGAGACAGCAGGUAUCCCUACGAGACGUUGUUCCGCAGUCAGCACUACGCUCUGCUGGACAACGGCUGCAGAGAGUUCCUCUUCCUGUCGGACUUCUUCAUGGUGAUCGGAAACUCCGCCCUCGACCUCUUCAACAGCAUCAUGGGGAAAACUCUCAGCAUGUUCCUGAAAAGCAUGUCCACCUACGUGUCCGACUGCUACGACAGCAUCGCUAUCUUCCUCUGCAUCCACAUCAUCCUCCGCUUCAGAGCCAUCACUGCCAAGAGGAACAUCCCGGCUCUUGACAAAUACUGGGAAGCCGUGUUGGAGCUGCUGUGGCCGAGGUUUGAACUCAUCCUGGAGAUGAACAUCCAGAGCAUCAGAAACACAGAUCCUCAGAAACUGGGAGUCCUGGACACCAGACCACAUUAUAUCACCCGGCGUUACGCGGAGUUCUCCUCAGCCAUCGUCAGCAUCAACCAAACGUUUCCUAAUGAGAGGACCAACGCUCUGCUGGGUCAGCUGCAGGCUGAGGUAGAAAACUUUGUGCUGAAAAUGGCUGCAGAGUUUCCCUCCAGAAGAGACCAACUCAUCUUCCUCAUCAACAACUAUGACAUGAUGCUCAGCGUUCUCAUGGAGAGGGCAGCAGAUGACAGCAAAGAAGUGGAAAGUUUUCAGCAGCUGCUACURGCCAGAACACAGGAGUUUAUCGAGGAGAUUCUGUCUCCUCCCUUUGGAGGCAUGAUUGCCUUUGUGAAGGAGGCCGAGGCGCUGGUGGAGAAAGGACAGCUGGACCGACUGAAGAACGAGGAAGCUCGCAUCACUCAGCUGGUUCGGGGGUUUUCCAGUACUUGGAAACAAUCAGUGGAGUCGAUGAGUCAAGAUGUCAUGAGAUCCUUCACCAACUUCAAAAACGGAACCAGUAUCAUACAGGGCGCCCUGACUCAGCUCAUCCAGUACUACCACGGCUUUCACAAGAUCCUGAACCAGCCCACGUUCCGCAGCCUGGCCGUCCGUUCCGAGCUCAUCAACCUGCACCACCUCAUGGUCGAGGUCAAGAAGCACAAACCCAACUUUUAACCAGACGGCUCAUUCGGCGCGGCGGGCGUCGACUCUAAACUGAAACCUGGAAAAGAUGACCCUGAGUUUCAUCUUCAGACUCAGAUGUUUGAAAAACAUUUUUUCUUCUCCACUCGUGGUGGAAAAAGUUGUAUGACGCAUUAACAGGAAAGUGGCCUCGACUUUAGAUCUGUUUAUUUAUAAAACAAAACUGUAAUGGC